GCUGGGGUUUCUUGACACUGUGUAGAAGAAAGAUGGCUUUCCCAAUUUCGGAUGAAGUGCUGGGAACUUUUGUUCCGAUUGCUGUUUAUUGGAUUUAUUCAGGGAUUUGCAUGGCUUUAGGGUCCUUCGAGAAUUACAGAUUGCAUACUAAGACAGAUGAGGAGGAGAAGAAUUUGGUGACUAAACAGACUGUCAUAAACAAUGUUCUUCUUCUACAAACCCUUCAGGCUACUGUAGCCAUCUUUUUAUUGAAGGUGACAGGAAAUGAUGCUGGGGCUUCUUCUAAAAGCCAGUCAUCGACUUCCCUUGUUGUUUCUGCAGGACAGUUUGUGAUGGCAAUGUUGGUCUUGGAUACUUGGCACUAUUUCAUGCAUAGAUAUUUCCACCGCAACAAGUUCUUGUACAGAUACAUCCAUUCCCAACAUCACAGGCUUGUGGUUCCCUAUGCAUUUGGAGCAUUCUACAAUCAUCCGCUGGAGGCAUUUGUCCUUGACAUAAUGGGUAGUGGCUUGUCCUACUUGCUCUCCGGCAUGUCCCCUCGAACUUCGAUAUUUUUCUUCUGUUUCACCACCAUCAAAUCGGUGGAUGACCAUUGCGGGCUAUGGCUUCCAGCCGGAAACCUCUUCCACAUCUUCUUCAGCAACAAUUCUGCCUACCACGACGUCCACCAUCAUUUUCAUGGCGGCAAGUACAACUUCUCCCAACCAUUCUUCUCCCUGUGGGAUAGGAUUAUGGGAACGUAUUUGCCUUAUACAAUUGAGGAGAGAGCCCAAGGAGGCUUUCAAGUUAGGCCUGCAUAUAAACUAAAAGAGCACACAGGAAUUAAUGAUGAAUUAGUAAAUUGAGACCACUAGGAAUUCACUUGCAUUAUGGGGUACCAAAACAGGUCAAUACAUAAAAUAUAGGGAUUUAAAUAUAGUUACACUAAUGUAAUAUUUACUAAUUAUUACAUCUUUUUAUAG